UGAUGGUCGUCGGCGGUGAGAAUCCAGGCACUCCGCGGCUUUGCAAAGUGUUUCUGGCCUCCUUUUGUUCUCCAGGAUGUGGCCUAUUUUCUUAACUUGUACGCUAGUGCUAGCGUUCCUGCCCCUUUGUCCGGCUGAGUGGGCUUCAAGUGUGAACUCGCCUUCCUUUGUAGUUGAUUAUGCUAAGGAUCGGUUUCUUCUUGAUGGUGAACCUUUCCGUUACAUCUCUGGAUCUAUACAUUAUUUUCGUGUACAUCCUACAUACUGGAGAGACAGGUUGUAUCGAAUACGAGCUUUAGGUCUCAAUGCUAUUCAAUACUAUAUUCCUUGGAACUUUCACGAGCUUUAUGAAGGAAAAUUCGACUUUUCUGAAUGGAGAAAUUUCACCAAAUUUUCCCUUAUCGCUCAAGAUCUAGGCUUAUACAGCAUAAUCAGAAUAGGUCCCUACAUCUGUGCAGAAUGGGAAUACGGUGGCUUGCCUUGGUGGCUGUCAAAUAAGAAGGGCUGCCGACCUCGAACGAGCGAAAAAGGAUUUAUGCAAGCUGUGCAAAACUUCUAUAAGGCAUUGCUCCCUGUUAUAAAACCACUGCUGCGAAAAAAUGGAGGUCCCGUGUUAAUGCUGCAGAUCGAGAAUGAGUACGGUAGCACCUCCUUCUGCGACAGAAUUUAUACGGCUUGGCUACGAGAUUACGUUCGCAGUUAUCUUGGCAAUGAUACUGUUAUAUUUACAACUGACGGAGGAGCAGAAAGUUAUCUGAAGUGUGGAGCAGUACCUAACACAUAUCCCACGGUUGAUUUUGGUCCAACUUCAGAAGAAAACAUCAAAGCUGCAUUCGAAGCCGAACGAAAAUACAUGCCCAAUGGUCGCGGGCCCUUGGCAAAUUCUGAAUUUUAUACUGGAUGGUACGUGUUGUGGGGAGCAAAGACUGCUCACGUUCCGACAUCUGAUGAUAUUGUGAAAUCAGCAACAUAUAUGUAUAGUCUGGGAGCGAGCUUCAAUUUUUAUUUGGUUCAUGGUGGUACCAAUUUUGCCUUUUGGAAUGGAGCCAAUACAAAGGCACCGGUCAUCACUUCCUACGACUUCUUUGCCCCAAUAUCGGAAUGUGGUGACGUCAACGACAAAUACCUUGCCAUUCGCAAAUGGAUAAAGACCAUUCCUGAUUGGAAGAAUAAACCUUUGGACGUUCCAACUAACAACAAGAAGACUGCUUAUGGCAAUAUUGAAAUGACACCACUAAAUGUUCUCGGUGCCACGAAUAAAGGCUGCAUAAAGUCAGUGCAUCCAAAAUCCUUCGAGCAGCUUCAGCAACCAUUCGGGUUUGUUCUCUAUGAGAAGAAGUUGGAAAGAUGUGGAAACACCUUGAGAAUCGAGCUUUUAAAGGACUUUGGAUAUGUGUUCCUAAAUAUGCGUCACGUUGGGACAUUUGUCCACUCUUACUACGGAAAAUCGGUACAAUCGGUGGAACUAGAAGGAUGUAAACCUCACGAUAUGCUUACUAUUAUCGUUGAGAACACAGGGCGAUUGAAUUACGGCUCAGAAACUGAUCCAAAGGGAAUACUUUCGAAAGUACAGCUUGACGGUAAAGUCUUGAAAGGAUGGCGACAAUGCAAACUGACACUUCCAAUAACGGUCUUAAAAAGAAAGUCCGCAGAGUCGCAAGCAGCGGGUGAACCUGCCUUCUACAUUGGAAGCUUUACGGCAAAAGAAGCUACGGACACUUUCUUGAACACAACAGGGUGGGGUAAAGGCGUUGCUAUACUUAACGGCAAUAAUUUGGGACGAUAUUGGCCUACACAAGGCCCACAGCAUACACUUUACGUUCCUGAUUUCGUUCACAUCGGUCUUAACACUUUGACGCUGCUGGAAAUGGAAGGAGUAAAGACUUGUCAGAAAAAUCUCUGCAAUAUAUCAUUCAUAGAUCAUCCAGUUUUCAUUUGGGAAAAAAUUUACCAUCAUGACGACUUCUUUGAUGGUCGACGACGACAUGCUGGUCUAUAA